UUUCUCUGUCGCGUUUAUUGUUCGCUUCAACUCUCCGGUAUUGGAAACAUCCUGUUCCUAUCAUCCCGCAGCGGAAGUAACAACUUAAAAUGGAUUGGGACAUCGUUGACAUUUUUAAUUUCCACCCGGAGAACCAGGAGCUAGACAUUGGCAUUCAAUCAAUCCUGCUGAGGGAAUCGAGCUUCAUUACAACACUUCCGCAGACUGAGGACGAAUCUUCAGAAUGCCACAACACACCAAUGAUCCAUUCAUCUUCAUCUUGGAAGCCUUUUAAAUGCAUGAAAUCAACGCCAUAAUUACCCAAAGAAGGAGAUUGCAUUAUUUACUUCAUAAGGCUUCUGCAAGAUAUUUGUUGCAAGAAAAAUCGUACAUCACCUUUAACAAAGUUUUCCAAAAACUCAAACAAACGUGAUUCGGUACAUUAAGAGAUAUUGGAGCAGCAAAAAAACUCUCCCCAUCGGUGCCAGACGUGUUUUUUCAGCGGAAACCCUGAGCAUUUUUAACGAGAACCCAAAGACAACAAUAACUCGCUGCUAAUUAACGCUAUUUGCAUGGGCACAGUCCGGAAGAAUCCGUGAAAAAGACAGCUUCGUUACUCGACAGCCAGUUGAACGAAUUGAUAUUACGCGAAUUUACGUUGAAGUUGCGGGAUAUUGCAUGAUUUAUGAACCUUUGCAUCCAUCUGUGAGAAUAACUCCCCAAUCAGACCUAUUUGCCUGACCCUUUAUGAAUCGGGAAAUGCUCCGUGACGGAAAGUUUUGUGCU